AUGGGACAAGGACAUUCUCUACCCAAAACUGCUAAAAACAUUAACCAUGGCGAGAGUCCUCGAAUGAGAUUUGGGGCUGCCGAUACCCAAGGCUUCCGCGAUUCCAUGCAGGACUCUCGUCUGAUGAAUUUAUUACUCGAUCAACGCACUUCAGUAUUCGGGGUCUUCGAUGGCCAUCGCGGUCGAGAAGUUUCUGAAUAUGUCGCACGGCAUUUCUGCACAGAAAUCAAGCAAACCAAGGCAUAUCACAAAGGUAGAAUCCGAGAAGCCCUUGCAAAGACCUUUAUGAGGAUGGAUGACUUACUUCGUACUCCUGAUGGGCAAAAAGAGCUUUAUAGAAUUUCUAAAGGGAUUCCAAAUGGAUACCCAGUUGAUACUGAAAGGGCAAUCAUGUCUGGCUGUACUGCUGUAGUAGCUUUAAUCAGGGAUAAUAAAUUAUAUGUAGCAAAUGCAGGCGACAGCCGAUGUGUUUUAAGUCGUGGAGGACAGGCAAUUGAUAUGUCAGUUGAUCAUAAGCCUGAACUUCCAGAAGAAAAUAGCAGAAUAAUAAAUGCUGGGGGCAUGAUUCUCCAAGGAAGAGUCAUGGGAAAUUUAAAUUUGAGCAGAUCUAUAGGAGAUCUGGAUUUCAAAUCCAAUGAAGACUUGCCUCCUGAAAAGCAAAUGAUUAUUUCGGUGCCUGAUAUCAGAGAAAUGGAGCUAAAAGAUGAAGACAAUUUUAUAAUUCUGGCCUGUGAUGGGAUAUGGGAUAUGGUGACUUCACAAGAAGCUGUGGAGUUUGUCAAUAAAAAGUUGAGAAGAAAGAAGCCAGUAGGGAAUAUUGCUGAAGACCUAUUGGAUCACUGUUUUCAUAAAGCUGUGAGAAAUCAGGGGUCUGAUAAUAUGACGGUUAUCAUAGUGGCCUUCAAGCAUCCUAUGUAG